UUGAUUGAAUGUCAGAAACAAUGCGAAAUUGCGGAACAUACUUUAGUACAAGAUAUGGAUGUAAGGUGGAACAGCACGUACUUGAUGUUACACAGACUGUUAGAGCAGAAGAAUGCAGUCAACUUGUACAGUAUCGAAUAUGGAAAAGUUGAUACUCUUUCCUCUAAUGAAUGGGAUAUCAUAAAAAAUCUCACAACUGCUUUGAAGUUCUUUUAUGAGGCCACUCUUGAUUUAUCGUUUGAUGACGCAUCCAUAUCAAUAGUAAUACCUCUGAUAUCAUUAUUAACCCGUACACUGCAAGUUCGAUCCGAAAACGAAAAUGAGAUAAUGAUCAAUAUGAAAAACUCACUGUAUGACUCUCUGAAUACCAGAUUCUCUUAUAUAAAAAGGCAAACUUCAUUGAUGGCUGCAACAAUUCUUAACCCGAGGUUUAAAUCAAAACACCUCAAUUCCGAUGAAUUGGAUCUUGCAAUGUCGGAAAUAAUAUCUUUUUUGACGGAUUAUAACAACAAUUCCGCACUAUUCAGAGGCACAGAUAAUGUCUCCUUAAUGUCUACAGCCCCUUUCGUAUUGUCAACCUCCACCUCCAACAUACAGCAAGAUAAAGAGGGUCUUUGGGAUUCACAUGAUAACACUCCUAAUCAAAUGGAGUCAGCUGGAUCUGAAGAUCAAAAAACUGUUCUGAAAGAAAAAUCUCAAAAUAAUUUGUCGGAGCCAUUACGAGUAUUGCAACGGAAUGCCGAUAUAUAUUGUUAUUGGAACAGCAGUCCCUAUCUAACUCUGAGAAAAGCGGUUUUAAAGUAUCUUUCUGCUUCACCUACUAGUGUACCAAGCAAGCAACUGUUCAGUGCUGCUGGACAAAUUUACACAGAUCGUCGAAAUAACCUACUUGGUGAAAAAGUUGAAAAACUACUUUUAUCUGUAUACAAUAUCAGAGUUUUUAGUUAUGAAUACUGA